UUCAGCUCCGCCCGAGCAUCGGAAAGGCGCGCGGACAACGAGAGAGAGCGAGAGAGAGAGAGAGAGAUCAUCAUCAUCUUCGCAAUCCCGACAUCAUCAGACAAGAAAAUUCCGGUUCUCCGCAGAAGUUCCAACAAGAAACAAAUAUUUUUCAAAUGUAAAAAUAAAUUAAAGUUCAACGACGGGAUCGAUUCUAUUUAUUGAAGAAGCCACGGAGAGACACAUGGGUUCAAAUCCAACCAUACGAGCAUUCGGAGCAAUUGUUCGGAGGCUCUCAGUCAAUGGGGUCUCUUCCUUUCGCCCCACUUCCCUCUCUCCUCACAGUGCCGAUUCUUUGAGCAGGCUAUUGUCUUCUUCAGUGGCCAUUUCGUCGAACACUUGGUGGGCACCAUUGUACGGAGAAGAGAACGGCAGCAGACAGGUCAGGAAGAUAUGGAUUUCCACUCCUGUUUGUAUGGGGAGGAAGUCUUGCAAGAUUGCUGGAAGAAAGACAGCUCAAGACGCAAAGAAGUCCAAAUUGUAUUGCAGAAUUGGAAAAGAAGUUGUUUCCGCAGUCAAGAAAGGUGGUCCAAAUCCGAUGUCAAACACAGCUUUAGCUGCUGUCCUUGAGAAAGCCAAGGAGCUCAAUGUGCCCAAGGACAUUUUGGAGCGCAACGUCAAGAGGGCUUCUGAAAGGGGACAAGAAGCUUAUAUUGAGAAAAUUUAUGAGGUUUAUGGUUUUGGGGGAGUUAGCAUAGUAGUCGAAGUCUCAACUGAUAAAGUAACCCGAUCGGUUGCAGCUGUGAGAGAGAUAGUGAAGGACUAUGGUGGGAAAAUGGCGGACCCAGGAUCUGUUUUGUUCAAGUUUAGACGUGUUCGUGUCGUGAAUAUAAAAGUUACCGAUGUUGACAAGGAUCAGCUACUCAAUAUUGCUCUAGAUGCAGGAGCCGAGGAUGUUAUCGAGCCUCCAGUUUAUGAAGAUGACAUGGAGGAAGAGAGCUCUGACAGAUAUUAUAAAAUUGUGAGUUCAUCGGAGAACUAUUCCACAAUACUAUCAAAGCUAAGGGAUGAAGAAAUAGAUUUUGAGCCUGAUAAUGGUUCGGAGCUAUUACCAAUCACUACAAUUGAGGUGGAUGAUGAAGCUAUGGACUUGAACAAGGAACUAAUGGCCAACCUGCUCGAACUCGAUGACGUUGAUGCUGUUUAUACCGACCAGAAAUGAUCAAAAUUUGCUUCUCCCAAUCUUUCCUGUGACAAUGAAAUCUAAGGCUUCAGUGGCACAGAGGCACAUACCGGUGUAACAUUUUUUUCAUCAGAGGUGAGGCUUGAUAGUCGAGCUCCAACUCAUCAUACACAUUGGUUUCUCAGCGGGGACGAUCGUCCUGACUGAAAUUUUCUUUUCCUUAUCAAUUUGGUUCAUCACAUCUAGGUAGUGUCCUAUGCUUCAGGAGAUCAAUAGGUGGAUUUACAGUUUUUUCUAUUUGCUGGAUUCUUGCAAGAGGAAGUGAUGAAUAAUCAAAUGCAGUCGAUUCUAUCUUGAAUGAAGUGAUGUCGUGUGAUUAAUUUCA